AUGUGGCGUUUCUUGGGGCUGCUUGUUCUCUGCAGCCUGGUCAGCCCCUCACAAGGAGGCCCAAAAGGACUUUCACAUGGGAUCGUGUCCAUCGUCAGUCCGGCCACUGCUCUCAAAUGUAAGAAUGCUUCGUGACUCGUGUUUGCACUGGUUAGGCGCGAGUAGCUCCCUUUUCUGCUUGCUCCGAAUCACGUCCGUUGAAAACUGGUACCACCUAAACUUGUGAAAGAACCUUUUUAUUAAUUUCCAUGGAUGUUUUCAGGAAGGAGGUGAUUUGCUGCCCGUUGCCGACACCUGCUUAUUUCUUUCCUUGGCACCACCAGGGUGCAAGGCGUUUGACGGAGCGGCAGUCAGAAAGACUUAGGGGUUAAAGCCAAGAGCUUUGUGGGAGCUAUGGAAAGGGGCUUGGGAGAAGGAAAAGAGGCAUGUUCUGGGAAGCAUCUUUCAGGGAUAAGUGUCAACCACAAGGGUGAAGCAGCAGAGACCUUCAAGGAAGCCCAAGGAUGCUUCAGGGAGCUGAGUUUGGUUGAGCUGGAGAAAUAGGAGUCCUGGAGGGGAGAUAGUUUGAGUUAUGAGAACAGAGGGGUUGGCAUGGCGACGUUUUGAAGGUCCAGGUGGAGAAAUUUGUGCUGGGUGUGGUAGUGGACAGGAAGGCAAUCUGGGUAUUUAAGGAAGGCCAUCACAGUUGUUUUGAAGAGCAGGUUUGUGAACAGAGGAGACUGAGCUGAGCUGUGAUGUUCAGGUGGGGGAGCCGUGAGUUGACCUGGGCUUACAGCACAUCUUGCAUCUUGCUAUCACUGUUCUUCUUGACUGCUGCCAAAAGAGGCAUCUACAUGCUUUACAAGUGCAAAAGCCAAUUUCGCAAACAUUGCAAUAUAAAGCUCCCUAAUUCAAAUAGUAACCACAGAGCCUAGGACUUGCCGAUCAGAAGGUUGGCGGUUCAAAUCCCCGCGACGGGGUGAGCUCCCAUUGCCUGGUCCCUGCUCCUGCCAACCUAGCAGUUCGAAAGCACGUCAAAGUGCAAGUAGAUCAAUAGGUGUGGUACCUUGGGUUACAGAUGCUUCAGGCUACAGACGCUUCAGGUUACAGACUCCGCUAACCCAGAAAUAGUACCUCAGGUUAAGAACUUUGCUUCAGGAUAAGAACAGGAAUCGCAGCGCAGCGGUGCAGCAGCAGCAGGAGGCCCCGUUAGCUAAAGUUAAGAACAGGUUAAGAACAGUUUCAGGUUAAGAACAGACCUCUGGAACGAAUUAAGUUCUUAACCCGAGGUACCACUGUAGUAUGCAAUGAAUCAAACUCACUAAAAUAUGCAGCAACAGAAACCCCAUCUUUAAAAAAAUAACAGCAGUUUUUAAAAGGUUGAGAAAGGUGUGUCAUCACCUGCCUUUGGGAGCCCCAGAGUACUUUGGGUAAAAUUUAGCCAUGUUAGAAUUUCUACAACAUUUUUGCAGCUGCCUUAGCAUGUCGUCUGCCUAACCAGCUAAGGUUGCAAUCCUAGAUACAUUUACUGUUGAGUAGACAUGGAUAGGAACGGGCUGCGAGACCGUGCCCUUUGCGUAUCUUCUCCUCUGCUCCAAAGUUCACCACCCCAUUCCUUCCAUCACAUCAUCUGCAGGGCCCUGAGCCCUGGCAAAAAAGAAACAAGAUUUCUUGGACCAGUUUCCAGCAUAACAUUUCCUGAAAGUCAUUGCAAUAAGGCUGAAUGGCUCAUUGAACAUUUACUUUGAUUUACCUGGGACGCGGGUGGCGCUGUGGGUUAAACCACAGAGCCUAGGACUUGCUGAUCAGAAGGUCGGUGGUUCGAAUCCCCGUGACGGGGUGAGCUCCCAUUGCCUGGUCCCUGCUCCUGCCAACCUAGCAGUUCAAAAGCACGUCAAAGUGCAAGUAGAUAAAUAGGUACCGCUCUGGUGGGAAGGUAAACGGCGUUUCCGUGCGUUGCUCUGGUUCGCCAGAAGCUGCUUAGUCAUGCUGGCCACAUGACCUGGAAGCUGUACGCCGGCUCCCUCGGCCAAUAAAGCGAGAUGAGCGCCGCAACCCCAGAGUCGGUCACGGCUGGACCUAAUGGUCAGGGGUCCCUUUACCUUUUUACCUGAGAACACUGCUUUGGUGAGAGAAAACUGGUAGAGAAAUACAAUAUAAUGUAUCUCAGUGUUCAGUAAACACUGAAAAUGGUGUGUGUGUGUGUGUGUUUAAUAGUUGCCAGAGGUGAAACUGCAUAGUAUGUAAUAACAGACAACCCAUGCCAAGCGAAUUAUUUUCCACCCACAAGAUCCUGUGCCGUGAUCCUGUUCCUGUAUGUUUCAGAUGUCUCCUCCGUCUUCCUUCGGAACGAGCUUCUCCAGAGCCACUUCUUGGCCAUUCAGUUCCCAGAUGUCCCUCACAAAGAUAAGCACCCGGAAAACUGGAUUAAGGAGUAAGUAAAUGACGAGGCAUUUGCAGCACCAUAUUUCAGAGUGGAAGGGGAAUCGAGGAAAAGAGCCGGACCCAAAGGAGGCCUUGUGCUGGUUCCAAAAGGGCCUUUAUCUCAUUUUCUAGAACAGCAGGGAGCAUGCUGUGAUAAUUCAAUGUAGUUCUUGGCUGGCUUUGUUCAGGGCUCGCCAGGAAUACAUCUGAAUUUAUUUAUUCCUUUUAGCACCUGACUGCUUAAUCUCCUUUGGCUUUUGUUAGCCCAACCUCAAAGCCAGAUGAGGUGCAAAGAGAACAUGGCAGACGUAUAAAAGCGAACUUUGAUGCCCAAAGGAGCCAAGUCCCAUCCUUUCCCCCCCCCAAAAAAAACCCAAAGAAGACAACCUCCAAGAUCAAGGUGGCCAGAGGUCAAUGGGUGCAAGUGGUCACUUGGAACGAGGCAAUUGAUAGUAUAGAAUUUACCCCCAAGAGACCUCUCAGCUAAAGGGGCAAAGUGGACACGCCCCUCUUUAAGCUGCACCAAUCUUUUGAGAAAUGUGAAUUGCAGGUGCUGGGAGAACCUGCCCACACCUGGGACCCUGCAAGGCAUGGAGAAGGACUUAAAAACUCCCCCCACUCACUGCCACCUUGGUUCUUCAUUUUCUUCUCUGAAGGAUACCAGCGUAAUUUUCUGGUAUUAUUUUUACAUUAUAGUAAAUCCUGUAAGAAGGGUUUAAACGACAGACAUGGAAAUUGCAGGCUGAUGCGGAAAUCUGGUGAAGUUAAUUUAAGAUUGGGGGGGAGAGAGAGAGAAUUUGGGUGAAUAUAAAGUUGACCAAUUCAUGCAUCCCUACCUCCUCGUUUUGAUGCUAUAGGAGAUGGAGAGGGGAGAAAUCUGUCUCUAGAUACGUUCUCCAGUUCAUGCAUGAUUUUAUAAAUUUCUGUCAUGUAUCCUCCCUGGCAAUCCUUCCCCUUUCCUUUAAUCACAUGAGUUCAGUUGUGCCCAAGCGCAGCAAGGCUUGCAUGCUCAAUGUCAAACCUUUAUUGGCAUAUCAACAAAAUUCCAGCCCGUGCCACUCAAGGAGAAGACCUUAAGCGUUUUCAGCUGUUAUGUUCACCAUGGACCACUCAGAAGAGCAUCAUCUGCAUCAGGCCAAAGGGACCGUCUAAGCCAGCAUCCUGUUCUCACAGGGGCCAACCAGAUGCCCAUUGUGGGGAAACCUGCAAGCAGGAUCCGAGCACAAGAACAACUCUCCCUUCCUGAGGUUUCCAGAAAGUGGUACUCAGAAGCAGUGCUGCCUCCGAUUGUGGAGGCGGAUCAGGGCCUUUCUGGCUAGGAGCCCCCAAUAGGUCUCUCCUCCAUGACUUUGUCUCAACCUCUUUUAUAGCCAUCCAAGUUGGUGACAACCACUGUCUCCUGUGGGAGGAAGUUCCAUAGUUUUAGUUAAACAAAAACCACCAAAGGUCCACCUUCAGUGAGUUGUGGGUUGCCAUUACAUGGCCACUCAGAGAAGAGAAUUGUUGUGGCCCUGUGACAAGACAACGGACAGGCUGCCAUGACCUCUGAUCUGAGAGGUUGGCACGGAGCCUACCUGAAAUAAAGGAUCUCUUUUACCUCUUGUGUACACAAACACUUCUCCCAAGUCCAGGCUCUUGUUGAUCUCAGAUAUCUUAAAGGACAAGUGAGAGGUUGAAGUGAGCGUAAAAAGAACCAUCUGGAGCUCUUCCCCCUGUUUCCGCCCUUGGGUGCAAUUGAGCAAUAUUGCAAUCCAUGCCACGGAGAGGGUGUUUGCUCAGAUUCAGUUUGCUCUUAUGCUUUCUCAAAGGUCAGUCGCGGGGAGAGCAAGAUGCUGGACUAGAUGAGCCAUGGCCCUGAUCCAUCCAAUGUUCUUCUUAUGUUCUUAAGUUCUUACCAGUUUGCGGGAGGGGGCGAAUGGCAAAGCUACUACCAUCACUGGAUAAUAAUAAUAAUAAUAAUAAUAAUAAUAAUAAUAAUAAUGGGCUACAUUGACUCAGCCUUCUAUAGGAGCUGGAUUCUAAUAUCUGAAGGGCUCCAGGUUCCUCACCACUGCUUGACCACCAGCUCCCAGCUGUAAAGUGGAUUAUCUCAUGCUCUUGAAUUUGAGUGAGCCCCCCGCAUCGCCACCACCCCAGCAUUAGUCCCCCCCCAAUAUAUAGCCAGCCAUGGCCAACUGAACGCCCACUUCAUUUCUCUCUGCUGCCUGGUUUUCAAUCUUCAGGUUGCAUGUCGUGAGGGUCUUCACUCCAUCGGUCAGUCUGGAGCUGUAUGAAAAGGUAGAUUCCUUAGUGUGCAUCAAGGCAAGAUUUCAUCUCAGCGGUAAAUUGUGAGUUUCACCCCCUUUCCCCCUCCCCCUGCAUGCUUUCCGCCUAUUUCAUUGCUACUGGUUGCCUUUGUUUUGGGUGGGUUGCUUCCCAAGUUAAGGCGUUCCUCUGUGGAUAUUGUAGGGGAGGGUCUGGGAGGCACGAUUUAUCACUUGCAGGGUUGAACAUUUUGUUCCCCUGUUGUUGUUGUUGUGGUUGUUGUUGUUUUAAAGUGUUCUGUCCAAGUGGCACUGCCAGUUCAGGUGGGGGUCCACAAGACUGUGACCUGGGAGCAAGCAAUCAUUAAGAAAUGUGCCAUCCACCAGGUACAGAAAGCCAUAGGACAAGCCCCACUGGUCAGACCAAAGGCUCAUUGACCUUGACAUCCUGGUUCCAACAGAAGCCUUUGCAGGAUGCUCACGAACAGGGCAGGAAGGUGUUAGCUCCUUCCUGGUGUUUGUUCGCAGCCACUGGCCUUCAGAGAUCUGCUACUGAACCCAUAAGUCUGAGCAAAACUGGUUAACACCACUGGGUGGCAAUGACUUGCCGGAGCUCAGCCCUUGGACUAUAUAUGCUUAGGUUCAGCAUAAGGCAGCUGCCAGCUGAUCAUUUUAAGUAGGACCACAGGCCAGAGGUCUCUAUAUAGGGCAAGCUUUGGACACAAGCCAUAGAACCCCAAAUACUGAUGCUCUCUGCUGGAUUAAAAACAUAAUGCUUUGCCCAGAAGCACAGUGGUUUGGCUGGCGGUUAAGGAAUGCAGUGGGGGAGGAAUCUCACUGGGGUUCUGUUCAAUGUCUCUUCAUCUCCUAGCUUUUUCGGCAAACACUUUGAGCGGAUUGACAUCAUCCUAGACGUAGACAUAAAAGCAGAAGUCAGGUUUGAUGCCUUUUUUGCGGGCGGCUUCCACAUCAGACUGCAAGUGUGCAAGAGUGAAUUCGCAAUCGCAAGGAUCAUCUGCCCUUCGCAGUAAGUGCUGACGCAAUUCGCUCAACGUGCUCGUUCCUACAGUUUCGUCUGCAUGCUUUUGGCUGAGAGAGCUGCCAAAGUUGGUCCCGGAAUCCUUUCAGGAAACCAGAUCCCUUCCCAGCCGCAGCACACACUCGGCUUCACUGCCCAAAGGUGGUGUUGUGGGACUAUCAAAGGAUAACCAUUCAAAUAAGUUUUGAGACAUUCCUUAUUUUGUUUCAUUGCUUGCUGCUUGUCAUCCUGGGCUUCUUUAGGAGGAAGAGUAGGAUAGAAAUGUAAAAUAUAACAAUACAGUACAGUACAGUACAGUACAGUACUACAAUAUCAAUAACAAUACUGAAAGCAUGUUUACAUUCCAAGCAAUGCAAAAAUAUCAUUAGUGGCAGAAGGAACUUUGCUUCUCCUGGCAGCAUGACUAGAGAUUAGGGCUGGGCAAUAUAUUGAUACAGUGGUACCUCUGGAUGCGAACGGGAUGCAACCUGCGUCUGCGCGUGCACAGGUCACGAUUUGCCGCUUCUGCGCAUGCGCGUGAUGUCAUUUUUAGCAUCUGCACAUGCGCGCAUGGCGAAACCCAGAAGUAACGUGUUCUGUUACUUCCGGGUCUCCGCGGAGCGCAACCGAAAAAUGCUCAACCUGAAGCAACUUUAACCCGAGGUAUGACCCGAGGUAUGAAAUCCAUAUUGUGAUAUCGGUUUCAUAAUUUUUGACCUGGCAAUAUAUCAUGAAUCAUGGUGUGUGUGUGUGUGUGCGCUCGCGCGUGCGUGCUAUGUAAAAUUCGCAAUGGGGGGGAAACCGUGAACCAGCCAAUGCUUCUCUCAGUUCCUGCAGCCCUUGGUAACUGUAUUGGUCCAGGGUUAAUUCUGCCUCAUUCAGGGAGGCAAUAAAUCACAAGAGCAGGUGCCAGCAAAAAUCGCAAUGCGGGGAAAACACGAUGCAGCCCAACUUCUCCAGUUCUUGGAAGUGUCUUACACAUCUGUAAGAUAAGCUUUGCACUCACCAAGAAUGUGGGCUUCAGAAUGAGCUUAUAACAAGCUGCUGCCGUCCCAGACCCUUUCCUUCCCUCUUUUCUUACUUGCUUUUUCCUGCAGCUUGUCGGUGAAUAAUGUGAGGCCCGUUGUAACGACCAUCCUUGCAGCAUCAUUCCACAAGAUGGUGAGUUGCAGCUCCAUGGACCCUGUGUGUUUCAGCCAUGAAAGAGGGUUAAAUAAGUCUUGGGGAUAUCAUAAUACAUAUAUUUGCAGAUUACCAAUGUAGACAAGAUGCCCCUACAAUGAUGUCUUCGGGUGCUUUUUAAAGAAAAAUAAAAAUCGGGGGGCUCAAUCAAUUUUCCAGCUGGCAUCCUGUAUUAGCCAUUGUUUGCUCUGUUGGAGAAACCACAACUUGUGUAUAACUGGAUUGUUAUUGUUGUUUAGUCGUUUAGUCAUGUCUGCCUCUUCGUGACCCCCUGGACCAGAGCACGCCAGGCACUCCUGUCUUCCACUGCCUCCCGCAGUUUAGUCAAACUCAUGCUGGUAGCUUCAAGAAAACUGUCCCACCACCUCGUCCUCUGUCGUCCCCUUCUCCUUGUGCCCUCCAUCUUUCCCCACAUCAGGGUCUUUUCCAGGGAGUCUUCUCUUCUCAUGAGGUGGCCAAAGUCUUGGAGCCUCAGCUUCAGGCCCUGUCCUGAAGCUGAUUUCAGAGCUGAUUUCCUUCAGAAUGGAGAGGUUUGAUCUUCUUGCAGUCCAUGGGACUCUCAAGAGUCUCCUCCAGGGGUUGAGGAUCACUCCAUGGGAACUGUGGCACAGGUCCAAACUCGCCAUAAGGCAUAAGCGCAAAGCCUAAAUUCCAAGUUAAAAUGGCCAGAGAGGGAGAACAGAACCAUGGACAGAGCAAUAGUGGGGUCCAGUGAUCGAUGCAAAGAGCAUGAAUUCUUACUCCUGGAGAUGUUUUGAAGACAACCCAGAAGCAAACAAGCUCAAGGGUGAGAAACCAAGGCUUCUCCUUUGUCUCCCUUGCCUUGCAUUUCAGGUGUGCACAGCAGUGGAAGUGGUCAUCAACGUCUCAGGGGUCGAUUUUCUACACACUGCCAAUGGUGAGUUACUUUGACUAGCUGCCAAAGCGUCUCUCUCCUUCGUUCUCCUUGCCAACUUCUUGAAUGUUUGUUCCUCUUUCUUCUAGAAAAGGAGCCACAAAAGGCUCCUGGGCCUCAGUGCUUAUGGGCAGCAUAAACUUUCGUUGUCAGCAGCAUCAGUGCUUUAUAAAUGCAUUGGUUAAAUGCAUACAUUCAGCUACAAGGCCGUGGUAGAUAAAGAGGCAUAAAAGAAACACAGAUAACAUCACAAACUGCUCCCGGUGGGUGUCAAGAGGCCACACCAGUUCCUGACCUGCCCGCAUAUACUGUAUUCUUUGCAUGAGAGCAGAGAGGUCGUUCUUUCACCUUGGUUUAUUAAUAGGGUGAAAAAGUUUCCCAAGAGCAUAAAAACACAGGUUCCUAUUGUUAGUCUUAACAUUUGGUUUAUUAGACCAAUAUUCAGUGGUUAAAGUAGAGUUUGCAGUACCGUGGUUCUUAUGCUUUGUAAACCACUUAGAAGCUUAUUUUGGAAUUAAGAAAUAACUCAUUAUUGUCAUUGCUGUUAGUUUAGUUUGUUAAAUUUCACCAUCGAUGCCCACUUAAAAAAUCCCCAAAGCAAUUUCUUAUUGUUAAUAAUAAUCUGUUACAGACAGCUGGGUCAUCCAAAAGCGAACCUUCCUGGCUAAAUGUGGGCACGCAAGGACCUAACAGAGUUUCCCUGUUUUCCGUUUGUUACAUCCAGUGAUUAUUCUUCAUUCAACCCUACUCAGCAACAGCUGUAACUGGGGGUCAACAAAAAGAGAUGUUUUGCCACUCCUUUGGAGUGGUCCGGGUGUCCCCAGAUAGAACGCACUGAUGAUGAUGAUGAUGAUGAUUAUUAUUUAUACACCGCCUAUCUGGCUGGGUUUCCCCAGCCACUCUGGGCGGCUUCCAACAAAGUAUUAAAAUACAGUGGUCUGUCAAACAUUAAAAGCUUCCCUAAACAGGGCUGCCUUCAGAUGUCUUCUAAAAGUCUGGUAGCUGUUCUUCUCUUUGACAUCUGGUGGGAGGGCGUUCCACAGGGUGGGUGCCACCACCGGGAAGGCCCUCUGCCUGAUUCCCUGUAGCCUCACUUCUUGCAGUGAGGGAACCACCAGAAGGCCCUCGGUACUGGACCUCAGUGUCCAGACUGGACAAUGGGGGUGGAGACGCUCCUUCAGGUCUACUGGGCCUUUGAGGCCGUUUAGGGCUUUAAAGGUCAGCACCAACACUUAGAAUUGUGCUGGGAAACGUACUGGGAGCCAAUGUAGGUCUUUCAAGACAGGUGUUAUGUGGUCUCAGCAACCGCUCCCAGUCACCAGUCUAGCUGCUGCAUUCUGGAUUAGUUGUAGUUUCCGGGUCACCUUCAAAGGUAGCCCCACAUAGAGCGCUAUGAUCCUUUCCUUAUCUUCACUCCCUGUGCCGUGCACUAAAUGCAUCCCUUGUGCCAGGCAAAUGAAGCGUGGUCUGUACGUGAUGCCUGCGUUUAACCUCGUUCUGAAGCCCGGCUAUCAGCUGCUAGGAUACUGUAGACAGCAUAUGGUACUGCUGGCAAAGGACGUUCACAUCUGAAAUGUGCAUUUGUGAGAGUGUAACGCCAUCAGUGUGUUUUAUUCCUUGCAGUGUUUUUCUCCAUGGGCACAGUGGCUACCAUGCAAUAUCAGCUCGCCAGCCUGCCAUUGAUAACUUCAAACUACGUCGCGCUGGAAUUCAACGUAAGGAGCGUGUGUGACUGCAAAGCCCCCCUGCCCAGGGUCUUUCUCCCCCUGAAGGGAAGCUGAGCUCCAUACAAAACAUACACAGAGGAGAUCUGCCUUCCACUCAGAAUUAACCUAGGGAAUAUUCACAGUCAUGGGAUGUUGCGCUGGCUGCUUGCAAAAAUAAAAUAAAAAUGGCUCUUUUUAAAGGAUUAACCCAACCAGUUUGGUUGGCGGCCGUUAGCCGUGGCAGCCAAAAACGGCCAGUUUCAACUCACCAAUCCCACUAGCCUGUGCUAGGACUUCUGAUAGCCCAACAGGGCUUCCUUCCUCACCUGCACCCUUCCCCCACCCCCAAUUGAUGAGGGGUGUUGGGACAACCCCCAGAACAUCUCAUGGGUGGAGGAGAGAUAUUUUUGCGUUCUUAGAUGGGUAUAUUCAGCGUGUCAGGAUAUUGCUGGGAUCCAACUCCCAGAUACCAGAAUUCCAAGAUUCUAGAGAGUGAUAAAGGUAAAGGGACCCCUGACCAUUAGGUCCAGUCGCAGCCGACUCUGGGGUUGCGGCGCUCAUCUCACUUUAUUGGCCGAGGGAGCCGGCGUACAGCUUCUGGGUCAUGUGGCCAGCAUGACUAAGCCGCUUCUGGCGAACCAGAGCAGCGCAUGGAAACGCCGUUUACCUUCCCGCCAGAGCGGUACCUAUUUAUCUACUUGCACUUGGACGUGCUUUCGAACUGCUAGGUUGGCAGGAGCAGGGACCGAGCAACGGGAGCUCACCCCGUCACGGGGAUUCGAACCGCCGACCUUCUGAUCAGCAAGUCCUAGGCUCUGUGGUUUAACCCACAGCGCCACCCGAUAAAGUGAUAAAGGCUACCAUUAUUUUGAGUAACAGCGCUGUGCUUUUCGCUCUUUCUCCAACUGCUUUCCAGAUGAUCAUCCGAACUGGGGGACGAUACAUUACCCUCCCUGUCGGCGCAGGGCCUGUCACCCUCCCUGUCUUGCAUCACCAUGGUUUCUGCCUAGGGAUGUCUCAGGCAAGCCUGGAUGCCAUCCUCAUGGUUCUGAUCCAGAUCCGGGUGCAAGAGUUCAUUUCCACCCCGGAAGUGGUGAGUGGCGGCACGUCAGGGUUGCAAAUUUCUCUGCUUGGUUCAUCAAAAUUUGCAGGUGGAGGCAGAGACUGAGUCAUGUGACCCCAGCACCCAGCUAACCUUUCGCCUUUGGGUGCAGAAGAGGACGUUUACCUUUCCUUUAUUUUUCUAAUCCUUUUUAUUUGAUUUUACAAAUACAAAAUUAUAACAGUCCAAACGUAUUUCCAUAGAUAGAUAGAGAUAGAUAGAUAGAUAGAUAGAUAGAUAGAUAGAUAGAUAGAUAGAUAAUUUAUUACGGUCGGAGACCAGCUUAUAAAACACACUUGGGGGUACAUUCCCAGAAAGAUAGCAAACAGUUAAAACAAUGUACAACAAUAAAUUUAAAAUUUAUAAAUGCGAUAAGCAUACAGACACUUAGAACUUUAAGAUAUUCCACAUAUAGAGAUUACUCUGAAUCUCGCGACUUCCCCCCAUUUCCUCCGUGGGUCUUAUUAUCAACAUUUACAACUGCAUAUUAUUCCAUAAUCUAUAUUGUAAAUCAAUCCAUAUAAUCCAUGGUAUUUGUACAUUACAAGGGAGAUUAAAAUUCUGCUGAUGUUUCCAUCUGCUUGCAGUGGUCUCUUAAAUAACUGACAAAUUUUCCCCAUUCUUUUUUAAAGUUGUAAUAAUAAAUAAUAGACCUUUAUUGUCACUACACCACCUGUGUGCAGUGAAAUUAAAUGAACCCCCCUACCCCCUACCCCCUGCACUUAGUCUUGUUCGCGCUCUGUGUGCAUGUCAGAAUUCAAAUGCACCACUAUUUUAUUUUAUUUUUAAGUUUUUGUCCUGUUGGUUCCCGAGUUUUCCAGUCAGUUUUGCCAUUUCGGUGUAGUCCAUCAGCGUAACUUGACAUUCCUCUCUGGUAGCAACUUUGCCUCCUUUUCAUCUCUGGGCUAUUAGCAUCCGAACAGCUGUUGUCCCAUACAUAAAAAGUCUUUUCUGAACUUUUGGGAUAUCGGUACCUAAAAUUCCUAACAAAAAAAGCUUCUGUUUUUUUAAAAAAAGGUUAUUUUAAACAUUUUUAGUAGAGGGCGCUUAUCUAUCCUGUUGCCAAUGUUUAUGCACAUUUCUAUUGACAGUGCAGCAGCUUUUUUUAAAGAAAGAUUUCAUUUAUGUAUUCACUAAAUUUAUAUCCCUCCCUUCCACCAAAGGAGCCCAGGAAGGCAAACAUGCCAAUGCCACAACAUUAUGUUAAAACAUCUCAACACAGUUAAACGCUUUCCGCCAUCGGAUGGCUGGGAAUAAAAGAAUGAGAGGCCUCGUGUCACCCUUCAUCGCAGAAAGCAAAAUGGAUUCAGAUGUUCCUUCUGCUAUGUCCUUAGGGAAGGGCGUUCUGACACCGUCAGAGCACCCCAUGAACUACCUUGCAUGCUGGAGGGUCAAAGUGAGAGGGUCUUUGCAGUGCAACAACGACCCACUUAAUUUAAAUGAAGCUUUUAUAAUAAUAAUAAUAAUAAUUUAUUAUUUAUACCCCGCCCAUGUGGCUGGGUCUCCCCAGCCCCCCUGGGCGGCUUACAACAAAGUAUUAAAAUACAGUGGUCUGUUAAACAUUAAAAGCUUCCCUAAACAGGGCUACCUUCAGAUGUCUUCUAAAAGUCUGGUAGUUGUUCUUCUCUUUGACAUCUGGUGGGAGGGCGUUUCACAGGGCGGGUGCCACCACCGAGAAGGCCCUCUGCCUGGUUCCCUGUAACUUGGCUUCUCGCAGUGAGGGAACUGCCAGAAGGCCCUUGGAGUUGGACCUCAGUGUCCGGGCAGAACGAUGAAGGUGGAGAUGCUCCUUCAGGUAUACUGAACCGAGGCCGUUUAGGGCUUUAAAGGUCAGCACCAACACCUUGAAUUGCGCUCGGAAACGUACUGGGAGCCAACGUAGGUCUUUCAAGACCGGUGUUUCAAGACCGGUUUCGACGGCCACUCCCAGUCACCAGUCUAGCUGCUGCAUUCUGGAUUAGUUGUAGUUUUCGGGUCACCUUCAAAGGUAGCCCCACAUAGAGCACAUUGCAGUAGUCCAAGCGAGAGUUAACUAGAGCAUGCACCACUCUGGCGAGAGAGUCUGCAGGCAGGUAGGGUCUCAGCCUGUGUACCAGAUGGAGCUGGUAAACAGCUGCCCUGGACACAGAAUUGACCUGUGCCUCCAUGGACAGCUGUGAGUCCAAAAUGACUCCCAGGCUGCACACCUGGUCCUUCAGGGGCACAGUUACCCCAUUCAGGACCAGGGAGUCCUGACCAUUAGGUCCAGUCGUGACCGACUCUGAGGUUGCGGCGCUCAUCUCGCUUUAUUGGCCGAGGGAGCUGGUGUAUAGUUUCUGGAUCAUGUGGCCAGACCUGCCCGCCUCCUGUCCCCCCAAAACAGUACUUCUGUCUUUUGAAAAGAUCUGCCAUUUUCAACACAACGCCAUUUUGUGCCAACAGUUCUCCGCUGCCAGCGAGCUGACGACCAUCGUUGCGUCUCUUCUGUCACAUCAAAAGGUGAGCGGAUGUUUGCUUUUAAGAAGUGUGUGCCUUGUUUUAUCUCCAAAAGCCAUACUGCAGAUAAGGAUAACGAUAAAAACCACCGAAGGAAAAACAAAAAAAGCAAGGUGGCAGCAAAUCACCCUUAGCAGGCAAAAUCCAACAAAAACAUUUAUUUAGGAAACUGCAGAGGUGUUCAUAAAGGGCAUAGCAGUCUUGUCGCAAGCAGCAGGAGCGAGGGUAGAAAAUGUGCAAAAAGCCCCCAGCACAAAAUUAUCAAAGGCUUGUUGAAGCAGACAAGUCUUUGGCCGGGCAUUUAAAAAGGGAAAGCAUUGCUGCAGGCAGCUGUGGUUGGUGCAAUGUGAGACUGGCAGGUGGAAGGCAAGGAGGCCAACAGUAGAGGGAGCCAGAGCCACAGAGAAGCAGAGCCAAUGCCCCCAUCUUCCUUUUCCCAGCUGAGUUCUGCUGAGGCCAAGGAAGAGCAGGAAACUGACCUACAGUUGCAUCCCCUAGACCAGGCACAGGAAACUCCGGCCCUCCAGAUGUUUGGGACUACAAUUCCCAUCAUCCCUGACCACUGGUCCUCUUAGCUAGGGAUGAUGGGAAUUGUAGUCCCAAACAGAGGGCCCGAGUUUGCCUCUGCCUGCCCUAGACCAGGGUUUCCCAAACUUGGGUCUCUGGCUGUUUUUGGACUACAACUCCCAUCAUCGCUAGCUAGCAGGACCAGUGGUCAGGGAUGAUGGGAACUGUAGUCCAAAGACCUGGAAACCUAAGCUUGGGAAACCCCGGCCUAGACUGGUUAUAAGUUAGGGAGGCAGGCAAUUGGGGGCAGGCUGAUGUUUGUGGGGCAGUGCCCUAUUUGCCUCAAUGAACCAGCCUCCACCAGCUGCAGGUCUGAGGGACCUUGGGGAAAAAUUCUGCAAUGGGUUGCCCCAGUGACUCGCCACAAGCACAUGCCCACGUACAGGCAUCUUUUAUUUUCGUCUGUCGGUCCAAUUUGUCCAUCGCUUUUUCUUGCCCAGCAAAGCAACUUACAGCCAAACAAACAGAUAAUAAUCCCCGCACAGAUACGUUAAAACCAGGAGAGAGAAACGCAUCAAAAAUAUCCUUUCUGCCUGCACCCUUCACAGUGCCCCAAGUGUCCGCUGAAGGCGCCGCUGAAAAUCACCAUCUCUUUGGUCGGGAUCCGGAGGAUUAUCCUGGAGCCCAAGAGAGCCGUCAUUGAGCUUUCCGUCGAGAUUGCCUUGUUGGCGAAAGGUCCGUCCGGGUCCCUCGUUGGGCUCUUUGUCAUGAAGGCCGUAAGUGUUGGAAUCAAGAGUUUUCUGCGUGGCUUGGCUUUCAAGUCCAGGGAAUGGCAGGGAGGAAGGACUUUUCCAGUCUCCCCACCAUCUGAGACGUUUUCCUCCCCCCUUGUCUGAUUGCAGAACUUAAAACUGAGUGUCCGUGCCUCUGUUUUCGGCGGCAGACUGAUCUUCACUACAAAACUGGCCAGGUAUCUUGCCUCACUGUUGCACGAUCGCUUAGGCUUGGGGAGUCGAAGCAGAGCAGGGGUGGACUUCUUUGCAACCCUUGGGAUGUUAUAGUGAAGGGGCCAUUAGAAUAUUGUUCUCUAUAUGAUCCCAAAAACUGUUUAAGGCGAGGUUUUUCCAGAGGGUUGAGGUUUUUCACCAGCCAGAAAAACAAGGCUUUUUCUUGCUUAAAUGUUACGGUGCAAAUGGGCCUCUCGUUGGAAUGUCUAGCUUAGGCAAUAAAGAUAAGAGCAAGGCUGAAUGGGCCCCAGUCAGGAGGAGGUAAAAUGCAGGAGACAAAGCCCCAUCUUAUUGCUAUCAGUAUAAAUCACAUGUUUCACAUUUGAACACGUGUUGAGGCUCAUGGCGUGGAGAGGCUGGUGCAGGAAGGAAAGGGGGAAAAGCCCAUGUAAGGACAUAGGAAGUUGCCAUAACUUUCGGUUUACAAGAAAUCAGGUGGCUUACAGGAGAUCAGGUGGUAUUCUAUUCUGCAAAUCUAUAUAAAGGGGGCGCACCCCGACUACUGUGUGCAGGUUGCGUACUGAUCGCCCUGUUUUGCAUAUGCACUUCAAAUAAAAAUCCUGUUAAUAAACUGCAAGGACAUUUUGCCACUUUGUGUGAAUCUGUGCUUCAGGGACCCAAUAGCAGAUAUGUGUGGUGCUUCAAUAGAGCGGACUUCCCCAACCUGGUGCCCUCCAGAUCUUUUGUACUAUAGCUCCCGUCAGCUGCAGUCAGACCCUGCUGCUGUGCGGUUGAGCUUGGAGUGAAAGAAGCCCAACAGUCUUGUCCAGACCAGAAAGCAAGCCUGACCUGGAACCAGAAGCCUUUAUAAGGCUCAAGGGAUAUCACCUCACUUACUCUGGUCUAUUGGGAUAAAGAGCCUUCAUCAUAAUAAUAAUAAUAAUAAUAAUAAUAAUUUAUUAUUUAUACCCCGCCCAUCUGGCUGGGUUUCCCCAGCCACUCUGGCUGGGCUUCCAAAAGAAAAUAUUAAAAUACAAUAGUCUAUUAAACAUUAAAAGCUUCCCUAAACAGGGCUGCCUUCAGAUGUCUUCUAAAAGACUGGUAGUUGUUCUUCUCUUUGACAUCUGGUGGGAGGGUGUUCCACAGGGCGGGUGCUACCACCAAGAAGGCCCUCUUCCUGGUUCCCUGCAACUUGGCUUCUCGCAGUGAGGGAACUGCCCGAAGGCCCUCGGAGCUGGACCUCAGUGUCCAGGCAGAACGAUGGGGCUGGAGAUGCUCCUUCAGGUAUACUGGACCGAGGCCAUUUAGGGCUUUAAAGGUCAACACCAACACUUUGAAUUGUGCUCGGAAACUUACUGGGAGCCAAUGUAGGUCUUUCAUGACCGGUGUUAUAUGGUCUCGGCGGCCGCUCCCAGUCACCAAUCUAGCUGCCGCAUUCUGGAUUAGUUGCCUGUGUGGCUGGGCGUCCAGCAGUUCCCUAUUUUGGCCAGUCCUGGGAAGCAGCAUGACGUGAAUUGUCACGUCUGUCCUUUCUUUUGGGAUGUAACUGGCUCACUUGGGUCCUCCAUGAUGUCUCUCUUGACCCUUAUGUACAACUUCUUCUUUCCACAGUCUUGAGCUGCUCCUGGUUUCUUCCCAAGUUGGACCUGUUAACGUAAGCUCUUUUCCAUUUAGUGAUUGACUGAAUUGAUUUGACGCCUUGAUUGCACCUUCCACAGGGACAAGAAUUGCUUACAGUAUUAAAGUAGAAGAAAUAGAGACACAGCUAGCUAGACAGAGAGACAAAUAGACAGAACAAUCUGACACGCAAACAUUUGCUUAAAUAGGGGACCCCCUAGAACAGGCAUAGGCAAACUCGGCCCUCCAGAUGUUUUUGGGACUACAACUCCCAUCAUCCCUGUCCACUGGUCCUGUUAGCUAGGGAUGAUGGGAGUUGUAGUCCCAAAGCAUCUGAAGGGCUGAGUUUGCCUAUGCCUGCCCUAGAAGCUUCAUCUUGGCCAUGGGAAGCCAUGCCAAACAGAGGUUGAGCAGUGUUUAUGGAAGGGAGAUGAAGUUUGGCUCCAGAGAGCCUCAGGGGGGUAGGGGCAGGACUCUGACUCAGGAGAGGGGGCCAGUAAUUUGUAGGGAAGUGUACCAGCCAGGAGACAAGAGUCGGAGGCAGAGGAAGCUUCAGGGCCAGAAGGUGGUGCACAGGAUGGGUCAGAAGAGGAGGAGGAAGCAGGUCUGGCAAGCGAAGGGCCAGGUGCUUCCCCUCCAUCUCCUGCAGCACAGUAUCCCAGAACCAGGAGGGGACUGAAGAGGGAAGAACAGAGGCAGUUUCCACACAGGUGUAGUCUCUGGCUGCAUGUGCACAGUCCGUUGGGGGGAGGUACAUAAACUGGUGGAGGGGGAGUGGUCCACUGUUGCUGCAAAUGCCCCAGUGAGCGCAAACCUGGGAAUAGCUGCCUAAAUGCUAAACUGGUUAGGGUGGAUAUUUGGAGCCAAAGAAGCGACUGCUAAGCUGUGGAUGGAAAGGAUCCUGACUCUGAAUGAAUUCCACUGGAGGACCCUUUUUUGCUGCCAUGCAAUUGACACAAUCUUCUCUAGAUCAUAUUUCCUGGAGAGGUGUUGAUUAUGGAGGCAUUGCAAACCACCCAAGACUUAAAUCUUCCAUGGGGAUCUAUCAACUCAUCUCACAAGAAGCAGUUGUUGAGGAGGUCAUUUGCACUGAUAGAAACCACCCCAGCCCAUGCACCUCAGAUAAAACGCCCCUCUUGAGCCGGAUCCAGUCUGAAUCCCCCUUGUGAUGGUGCAUACAUCCUCUGCCAGUUUGAUUCCUAGAUCACUGCCUCCGUUGUUCUGUCUUACAGGUCUCUGUCCUCGUGAAGUUGAUGAAGUUGCUUAUAGCAGAAACGUUUGUGCCACAAGUCAACGGUAAGGCAACUCAAGUCCCAUCUCUGGCACACCCUCUAUACAUGAAAAGCCCUCUCACACUUCCACAUGCGCUGUGCCUAGAAAGAACAGGUCCAAGUAGCUUUCCCUGUCCUGCUCCUUUUCCAGGGAAAACCCACCUAGCUCUAAAUCAGAGCAAAUGGCAAUCUGGAGAAAAUUCAAAUAGCUGUUUGCUCCGAUGGAGCACUAAAGAGCAGUUUUCCUUGGAGAAAGCAGCUGGAAGUACAGAUAAGCUCUAAUACUGAUCUCGACCUUCCCAUGUUCAUAGAGCCACAACUGCAACACCGAUGCAUAAGAGCGUUUAGAUUCUCCAUUUUUGGUUUUUUAUAUAUAUAAUUUUUUAUUAGUUUUUUUAACACACCAUUUUCAACAGUAAUUAAACAUAUUUUUACAUCUUACUCAAUUUUUUUAACUUCCAUCAGUCCUGUCUGAAAAUUUUCCAAUGUCAGCUCUUAGUAUACAUUUCUUAUUUUCCCUGUUACGUUUAAAACUCAGAAACCAAUAUCUCUAUUCUUUAUCUACUUUGUAGCACUUCAUAUAUUCCUCUUUACAAAACGUCUUGUAGUCCUACUAGCAUAAUUUGUUGGUUACAAUUGCUUUUCAAAUAGUUCAUAUACUUCUUCCAAUCUUCUGUAAAUCUCUGGUCCCGCAGGUUUCGAAUCCUUCCUGUCAUUUUGUCCAAUUCUGCAUAGUCCAUUAAUUUCGUCUGCCAUUCUUCUUUCGUUGGAAUUUCUUCUUGUUUCCAUUUCUGGGCUAACAAUACUAUUGCCGCAGUUGUUGCAGAUAAAAACAAUUUAACAUCUUGCUUAUCAAUAUCCUGGCCUAUAAUACCAAGUAAAAAUGCUUCUGGUUUUUUUAAAAAAAUGUGUUCUCCAUUUUUGUUGGUGCGUUUAUUUGUAUGUGGAUUUGGAUGGUGCCUUGUACGCCUCCUUUCGGCAACUCCUGCAGCCCAACUGGUGCCAAAGGUCUUGCUCUGCUUCCCUUUUGACCACAUCAGUGAGGCUGAGAGGGCGGUCUUGUUGUGUGAGCAUCCCAGGACCUCCAGGGACGCUGCCCAGCCUUGUGCCCCAGUGUGCUGGGCCCAGGGGUAACCCGAGUAAUGCGGUCCAGGUCUGGUCCCGAAUCCAAGGGUUCCGCGAAGAGCCAGUUAAACAGGGCCAAGGCAGGACACGAGGCAGGAAACCAGGCGAGGUCAGGCACAGGAUCACAGGCAGGAUCAGGCAAACAGCAACAUUGCUCCCGCAACCUGGGGCAGCGUCCAGCAGCGUUUUUUCUCUGUUGCGGCAGUCCUGAUCCCCCGGUGACUCACCUCCCUGUCUCACUCGAAGGUGAGCACUCCCCCUGCGAGUACUCAGGUCUCUCCUUCUCUCAGACCUCAGCCUCUGCAGCUCGGGAGACAUCGGUGGGUGACUAGACCCAGGAGCCGCCUCAGCCUCUCCUGACCCAACCGGUAGUGGAGCAGCUGUAAGUGAUGGCCCAGCUGGAGGCAACAAGGUCAUCCCCGCAUCUGGAGCCAGGGCAGGCUCAGGCCCCUGACUCGGCCCAGCUGGUGCUUGUUGCAGGGGAACCUGUGCAGACUGGGGCUCUUCAGGAUCAGGCCCCAGACUUGGUUCAGAUGCUGUCUGAGGCAAAGGAUCCGGUGCGGACUGAGACUCCUCUGGUUCCGAGUCCGAGCCAGAGUCCCAGGCCAUCACACCCGGGGAGAUCACUUCAGUGUUGCUAAUGCAGCGGUUUGCCUUGCCUAGGCCAAUGAAAAGUUUUGGGAAUGCUGGUCUAGACUAUGGCUCAGACAUGACCAAAAGAAAAUGCUCCUCUCUGCUCUUCUUUGCUAUUGUGCUUAUUCUGGUUGCCUUUUUCAGAGUGCCUGGACGUCGGGAUCCCUCUGCCUCCAGUGCUGCACAUUCGCUGGAAUUAUCCAGCGAUUCACUUUACACAGGUAAGUCUGCCAGUGAUACCUUCCUUCCAGCCACACAUCCAAACAUGUCUGGGCUCUCUGCUCCAUAUUCUCCCCAUUAGCAAAUCCCACACGUGAGAUGCUUUUCCAUGAAUUUCCACAUGCUAGGACUACUGGACCAGCCAAAUAAUCUGCUUUCCAGGAGAAAUAUUCCUUAUAUAUAACUUCCCUAGCGGACCGUGUUCUCUACAGUGUAGCCCUGAUUCAGCUCUAGCUGUGGUAAACUAUGAGUAAGAACUAGUGGCUCUGGAUGGAGAUGCAUAUCCCAUAAUAAUAACAAAAGAUGGAGGUUAACAGAUUGAGGUUGAAUCCUGACAAGACAGAAGUACAGUGGACGCUCGGGUUGCGAACGUGAUCCGUUCGGGAAGCACGUUCGCAACCUGCAGUGUUCGCAAUCCGCAGUGCCAUGUCUGCACAUUUGCAGGUCGUGAUUCGGCACUUCUGUGCAUGCGCAAAGCGUGUUUUAGCACUUCUGCGCAUGCGCAAGUGCCAAAACCUUGAAGUAACCCGUUCCAGUACUUCUGGGUUUGGUGCGGUGCGCAACCCGAAAUCGCACAACCCGAAGCAUCUGUAACCCGAGGUAUGACUGUACUGUUUUGGGGGGACAGGGGGCGGGCUGGUGUGGGGGACUCCCUGGUCCUGAAUAGGGUAACUGUGUCUCUGAAGGACCAGGUGCGCAGCCUGAGAGUCAUUUUGGACUCAUAGCUGUCCAUGGAGGCGCAGGUCAAUUCUGUGUCCAGGGCAGCUGUCUGCCAGCUCCAUCUGGUAUGCAGGCUGAGACGCUACCUUCCCGCGGGCUGUCUCGCCAGAGUGGUGCAUGCUCUGGUUAUCUCCCGCUUGGACUACUGCAAUGCACUCUACGUGGGGCUACCUGUGAAGGUGACCUGGAAACUGCAAUUAAUCCAGAAUGCGGCAGCUGGACUGGUGACUGGGAGCGGCGGCCGAGACCACAUAACACUGGUCUUGAAAGACCUACACUGGCUCCCAGUACGUUUCCAUACUAGUCCAGCAGCCUGUUCUCACAGCAGCCAACCCAGCAGACAGCAGGAUCCAAGCGCAAGAGCACUCUCCCCUGCUGCAAUUCCCAGAAAUUCCCAGCAGGAGGACUUUAAAUAAAAUUACAAACUGAUGUGGAUAGCUGAUUGGGAAAAUGGAGAGGAAUUGAAAUGGAUAGAUUCUUCUAUCCCUAGUUUCCAUGGGCUGGAAUGCAGAGAGAAGGCAUGAAGACUGCUGGAUCUUCUGCUCUUCACUGCUUAGAGCUUCCUCCAGCACUCAGCUUCUUCCUAAAUUAUUUAGGCCUGUCCUAAUACGAUCCCCACCAUUUAUUUAUGGGAGUUGUUGUUUAGUCGUUUAGUCAUGUCUGACUCUUUGUGACCCCCUGGACCAGAGCACGCCAGGCCCUCCUGUCUUCCACUGCCUCCCGCAGCUUGGUCAAACUCAUGCUGGUAGCUUCGAGAACACUGUCCCACCAUCUUGUCCUCUGUCAUCCCCUUCUCCUUGUGCCCUCCAUCUUUCACAACAUAAGGGUCUUUUCCAGGGAGUCUUCUCUUCUCAUGAGGUGGCCAAAGUAUUGGAGCCUCAGCUUCAGGCAGGAUCUGUCCUUCCAGUGAGCACUCAGGGCCGAUUUCCUUCAGAAUGGAUAGGUUUGAUCUUCUUGCAGUCCAUGGGACUCUCAAGAGUCUCCUUCAACACCAGAAUUCAAAAGCAUCCAUUCUUCGGCCUUCUUUAUGGUCCAGUUCUCACUUCCAUACAUCACUACUGGGAAAACCAUAGCUUUAACUAUACGAAUCUUUGUUGGCAAGGUGAUGUCUCUGCUUUUUAGGAUGCUGUCUAGGUUUGUCAUUGCUUUUCUUCCCAAGAGAAAAUGCUUUUCUCCCAGAUGUCACCAUCUGUUAUUUAUGGGCAACAAUGAGCUAAACUUUUCGCUUUUCCAACGUCUGCAGGGGAUGCUGGCAUUGUGUGUGUGA